CACACCCUAAACCUAACUUACCGCCGCCGUCCCAUCUUCACGUCUUCCCAAUUUCUCGUUUUCUUUCUCUUCUUCCUCUCGUUUCUUUUCCUACUUUUGUUCUUCUUCUUGUGGACUAAAACCCUAACCCCUAAUCCAUCUCCUUCUUCGCGCACGAUAGUUUCAGCCAGCGCCUCUCCGCUGUUGACGUAGUUGUACUCCUUUCAGGCUUCGCCUGGCUCAGAUACAUUACGCAUAUGGCAGAGGAGGAGCCAAAAACGCGGAAAAUUCCGGUGUGGGAGUUGCCUGAUGUUCCAAAGGGAAAGUUGCCACCGCACAUCGAACUACAGAGAACUCGGGUUACCUGCAACCCCGAAGCCCCAAUUCAUACCGACAAUGAUCAAUACUGGGGCACCUAUGCAUCGAUGGGAGUGGAUAAUAGUCUGCGUUUGGAGGAAUUUCGUGAAAAUUUUAAGGUUGAAGUGAUUAGCCUCACGGAAGAUGAUAUAGUGUUUGAUAUGAUUGGGAUUAACGUUGCAAUUGCCAAUGCUUUUAGAAGAAUACUCAUUGCAGAGGUUCCCACCAUGGCUAUCGAAAAGGUUUUUAUUGCAAAUAACACCUCUCUGAUCCAAGACGAGGUGCUUUCCCAUAGACUGGGUCUUGUUCCACUUAAAGUUGAUCCAAGAGUCUUUAAUUAUAUGUCAGAAAAUGACGAACCUACUGAGAAGAAUACCAUUGUAUUCAAACUCCAUGUUAGUUGUGAAAAAAAGGGUCCACGAAUUAAAGUGAAGUCUGAUGAGCUGAAAUGGCUCCCCAAUGGCAGCGAGUUCCUACUAAGUACAGAAAAAUCAACCACAGACUCGACUUCGGACUCAACAUUGAAGGAAAAGACUUACACUUCCUUCAGUUGUAGCCAGAACUCUCUAAUGGAAUUCUCAGACAAUCCAAUUGCCCCAAGGCAUGAUGAUAUAAUUCUGGCUAAACUUGGACCUGGACAGGAAAUUGAGUUGGAAGCCCAUGCUGUGAAAGGAAUGGGCAAGACGCAUGCAAAGUGGUCACCUGUCGCAACUGCUUGGUAUAGGAUGCUUCCUGAGGUUGUGUUGUUGGAAGAAAUUGUAGGUGAAAAGGCUGAAGAACUUGUCAAGAAAUGUCCUGUUAAAGUGUUUGAUAUUGAGGACAUCGGUAAAGGUCGCAAAAGAGCGGCUGUGGCAAGACCUCAAUCAUGUACUCUGUGUCGUGAAUGCAUUAGAGGAGAUGGUUGGGAUAAGCUUGUGGCACUUAGGCGAGUAAAAGACCAUUUUAGAUUUACUAUCGAAUCUACGGGAGCAUUACCUCCUGAAGUGCUUUUAACCGAAGCCGUGAAGAUUUUGGAAGACAAGUGCGAGCGGGUGAUAACGGAGCUUUCUUGAAUAUUGCAAAAUGCAUGUUUUGGUGAAGGUUAGGAAAUUCCACAGGCAGAUGAGAUGGUUUCUGUUUCACUUACCAUCAUCAAGCUUGUUAAAUUUUGCACUAUAUUUAAAUUGAAAUUAAGUGAUGUGUGGUCUUGUAGCAGUAGCAAAUGAUGCACAAUAUAUAUAUUCCAUUCUUGUUUUAGUAUUUACAAUCAUAUGGGCAGCUGUGUUUCUAAUUCUAGUGAUGAAAUAUAAUCCACUUGGCCAUUUGAUUA